AACACUGGCUUGGCUUUCCAUACUCGCGGCGUGGAGGAUUUUUUUUGGAUCUCGUAAUACAAGAAGAUGUCGUGGGUACUGCGUAGAUUCCUUUCUAGACAACUACAUGUAUGUCAAAGUUGCCUUCAUCAGACCAGGCACCCAGUCCGGCUUCGGUCAUCCCAGGCUUCUAGUAACCCAAGGGUUUGCAUCAUUGGAAGUGGACCUGCAGGGUUCUAUACAGCACAGUCAUUAUUGAAGGGUGACAAGUCAUUACAUGUAGACAUCUAUGAUCGUCUUCCAGUUCCCUUUGGUCUUGUUAGGUACGGUGUGGCCCCAGACCAUCCAGAUGUUAAGAAUGUGAUAAACCAGUUUACAACCCUCGCGACAGCUGGCCGUUGUUCCUUCAUAGGCGGAGUGAGUAUAGGCAAAGACGUCCAGGUCAAGGAACUUUUAGAAGCAUACAGUGCUGUUGUGUUGAGUUAUGGUGCUGAAGGAGAUAAGAUGUUGAACGUACCGGGUGAAGAUUUACCAGGGUUUUACUCUGCUAGAAAGUUUGUUGGGUGGUACAAUGGACUCCCAGAACAUUCACAUCUUGAUCCAAUGUUGGACACAGACACAGCUGUGGUGAUAGGUCAUGGGAAUGUUGCAUUAGAUGUAGCUAGAAUACUCCUCACUCCUAUAGAUAUACUAAAGAAAACCGACAUCACUGCCAGUGCCAUUGAAGCCUUGACAAGGAGUAGAGUGAAGAGAGUCCAUGUAGUAGGAAGGAGAGGUCCUCUAAACAUCUCAUUUACAAUCAAGGAAUUAAGAGAAAUGAUCAAACUACCUGACUGUAGGACAGUCAUUGAUCCAAGUCACUUUGAAGGAAUAGAGUCAGCCAUUCCAGGUAUGGUAUCAGACUUAUACUGACAUCCCAUGACAAAAUGAACCAACUCUGUAGGAUGAGUUUCUUAGUUAAUAAGGAAUAUGUGUCAUUGUUUUAUGUGUAAAUAUAAGAGCUAAUUGCUUUUGAAGAUUUUUUUUUUAAAAGAAAUUAGACCCCAAUCCCUCAACCCUAAAAUGGCUGGGGGGGGGGGGGGUGAUUCAACCCCUCCUUGAUAUUUUCCGUGACUUUUUACUUUGAAAUCUUGCGCAUCUUUUGUGAUCAAAUAUGCGAUGCUGGGGUACACUAUUGCGAAUUGCAAAAUUACUCAAAAUUAUGUAUAAAGUCCAUGUCAGACCCAAAAUUGCUCAAAAACGUGAUAUUGUGUAUAAAAUCAAUGUAAACUGAGUUUUCUCAUCUUAUUCAUAAUGAUACAAUUAUUUUUACUUUCAUAUACUGAAAUUAGCAUGAUUAUGCUUCAAAAAAGGUUCUGCAAUAAAUUUUGGCC